GACGGCCUAGUCUGGGGUUAAGCGGCUUCUCCCGCGGGGGAGAGAGUCCAGAGUGGGCGGCGGGACAUAAGACGCCCGUGUUAGGCUGCAGAGAGUGGCCUUUCCCGGGGACCAGCAGAUCGGUGGGCGAACAUGGAGUCCAAUCCUGCCAUCCAAGCCGCCAUCGACCUCACCGCGGGGGCCCUCGGGGGCACAGCAUGCGUCCUGACCGGGCAGCCCUUCGACACCAUGAAAGUGAAGAUGCAGACGUUCCCUGGCUUGUACAAGGGCCUCAUCGACUGCUGCUUGAAGACGUACUCCCAAGUGGGCUUGCGGGGCUUCUACAAGGGGACGGGCCCAGCGCUGAUGGCCUAUGUCGCAGAGAACUCCGUCCUCUUUAUGUGCUACGGCUUCUGCCAGCAGUUUGUGAGGAAAGUGGUUGGAUUGGACAAGCAGGCAAAGUUGAGUGAUCUGCAGACUGCGGCCGCGGGUUCCUUCGCCUCUGCGUUUGCCGCGCUGGCCCUGUGCCCCACUGAGCUUGUGAAGUGCCGGCUGCAGACCAUGCACGAGAUGGAGAUGUCAGGGAGGAUAGCAAAAAGCCAUAAUACAGUCUGGUCCGUCGUGAAGAGUAUCCUUAGAAAGGAUGGACCCUUGGGCUUCUACCGUGGACUUUCGAGCACUCUACUUCAAGAAGUACCGGGCUACUUCUUCUUCUUCGGUGGGUAUGAACUGAGCCGAUCAUUUUUUGCUUCAGGAGGAUCCAAAGAUGAACUUGGCCCUGUUCCCUUGAUGUUAAGUGGUGGUAUUGCUGGAAUUUGUCUUUGGCUUGUCAUAUACCCCGUGGAUUGUAUCAAAUCCAGAAUUCAGGUUCUUUCCAUGUUUGGAAAACAGGCAGGAUUUAUCAGAACUCUUGUAAGUGUUGUGAAAAAUGAAGGAGUAGCAACCUUAUAUUCUGGAUUGAAAGCUACUUUGGUUCGAGCGUUCCCUGCCAAUGGGUCACUGUUUUUGGCUUAUGAAUACAGCAGGAAGAUGAUGAUGAGCCACUUUGAAGCAUACUGAAGUGUCUUGGUGAACUCUGAUCCAAGUACACAUCUUUGAGGACUACAGUUUAUCUCACGGUUUCAUGGAGCACCGGACCAAUGCGGAAUUAUUUUUGACUUCAUGGAAAUUUUGUUUUUGUCUUCUCUUCUUAUACUCUAAAUCUUAAACUUUAUGGAAGCACUUCUGUUUUAUGUCAUAUAGUUUCUGCCUAUAAUUGUAUUGAAAUAGAAAAGUUGUUGCUCUUAUGUUUAGUGGGAUAUCAGAGUGAGUGGGUGGCUCUAUGUACUUAAUCUCAAAGGGUAAAUAUAGUUGUACCGGGACUUUUGCAUAAAUCUGCACAUGUGUCUGCAGUUUGGUUGAUUAUGUGUUGUGAGUAAAUCACAGUUUGGUUCCAUGUUUAAUCUCAUGUCCCCGUGAAAACAAUUAACUAUGAUUCAUGAAGAUGGUUAUAAAUGAUUGCUUAAUCCAUUCAAGAUGUAGGGUCUCUUUAAAACUCUGCUUAACAUGUGCACUAUACUAGCCAAUUAAAAGUUUUUAAAAAGUUUUUGUGUGUGUGAAAACCAAAAUACCCAUCUUGAUUUUUUUUUGCAUCUACAGUGUUUAUUUUUUAUUGAUGUAACAUUGUUUCAUCUAUACAUUAUUUUUCUACUGUAUACCCUAUAAUGUACUCACCACCAAAAAUAUAUUUUUCAUCCAUCACCAUAGAGUUGAGCCCCUUUAUCCACUUUGCCCUCUUCCCAUCCCUCUCCUCUGAUAACCACAACUCUGUUCUGUGUAACUACAUGCUUGUUUUGUUUGGGUUGGGUUUGUUCAUUUAUUUUGGUUU